GGGAGCGGCCGGAGGGAUGGAGCGGAUCCCGGCAGGGAUGCGGUAGCUCCCGGGGUAUCCCGACCCGCUGCACCCCGCCGGGACGCGGUGAAGCUGCCAUUCCCAAACCUCUCUGCAAUGGCCUCAGGGAAUGAGGGGGACCCUCCGCGGGCGCAGGGGCGCCAGGGGAGCCAAAGGCGCAGGCUCAGCUCAGAAGGCCGCGUGGCGGAGGAGGCCGAGGAGGUGUUCCGGGGCUACGCCUUCUACCGCUACCAGCAGGAGCGCGAGGAGCGCGGGGCAGAGCUGCCGCCCGACCCCGAGAUCGAGCAAAUCCAGCAGGAGCUGCGCAGCAGCGAGAGCCAGGUGGGGCAGCGCCUGGCCAUCAUCGGGGAUGACAUCUACCGGCGCUACGACGCCGAGUUCCGCACCAUGCUGGAGAGCCUGCAGCCCACCCGCGAAAACGCCUACGAGCACUUCACCAAAAUUGCCUCCAGCCGCACUGGCUGAGGCGGCAACACGCAGCCUGUUCGAGAGCGGCAUCAACUGGGGCCGGGUGAUCGCCCUGCUGGCCUUUGGCUACCGCAUGGCCAUGCACGUGUGGCAGCGCGGCGUCAGCGGCUUCCUGCGCCGCAUCGCCCGCUACGUCGGGGACUUCAUGCUGCAGAACCGCAUCGCCCGCUGGAUCGCCCAGCAGGGAGGAUGGGAGGCCGUGCAGAACCUGGACAAUGUUUACAUGAAGUACAUGCUGGUGGCAGCCGUGGCGGUGCUGGGGUACCUGGUGCUGCGACGCUUCUUCACCCCCUGCACCCCCUGACGGGGCACGGGGCCGGGGGGGGCACCGGGCACCCCCUCCUCUGCUCCACACCCCCAGGACAGGGGGGACCCCAGGAACUUCCAGGAGAGAGCAUGGCUGGGGGCUGGGAGCCUCCUGCUGCAGGGUCUGGGGUCUCUGCAGCAGAGGUGUGGGGACAGGGGGGGCUCUGCUUUGUUGUGUUUGAUGCCUCAAAAAGCUGCUGAGGAGGGGACAUCUCUGGGAGGGGACAUCUCUGGGACAGGGUGUCUCUAGGAGGGGACAUUUCUAGGAUGGGGACAUCUCUGGGAUGGGGAAUCGUUGGGAUGGGGCAUCUCUGGGAGGGGACAUCCCUGACCCCCCCCCUCCCCGGCUCCUCUGGAGGAGCAGAGGGGGUGUGACAAUGCCCCGGUGGCAGCGUGUGACAAUGACAAUGUGGCACACAGUGCCCCGGUGGCAGCGUGUGACAAUGCCCGUGUGUGCCCCUGCUGGCUCCUGUGCCCCUGGGGCAGGAGCAGAGCCCCCUCCCCAUCGCUGACGGCUCCACCCCCGUGGCUGAGGGUGAUCCCAGCCCUGGCUGCUCCAGGGUGAUCCCAGGGUGAUCCCAGGGUGAUCCCAGGGUGAUCCCAGGGUGAUCCCAGCCCUGGCUGCCCCAGGGUGAUCCCAGGGUGAUCCCAGGGUGAUCCCAGCCCUGGCUGCCCCAGGGUGAUCCCAGGGUGAUCCCAGGCUGCUCCACCUCUUGGAAACUCCAGCAGGGACAAACCCAACGGGGCAGCUCCACCUCCCGCUGCUCCCGAGCCCAGCACUUGAGCCUUUCCCAGCACUUGAGCCUUUCCCAGCACUUGAGCCUUUCCCAGCCUUUCCAUGGACAUCCCGACCCUUUUCCAUGAAAACCCUCCUGCCUGGAGCCCUGCAGCUCCUGGGGGCACAGCUGGGAAGCACCAGCAGCUCUCCCAUCACUAAAAGCUGCAGGUGCCAGGACAGGCAGUGGCCCUGCUCCCCUCCUGCCCCACUUGGGCUCCCUGGCUCUUACUGGGAGCACUGGAGCUGCAGCUCCAUGCAGGGACCAGGCUCCUCUGGGCAGGGACUUGUCCUGGUCCUGUUGAGGGAUUUUGGGGUGAGGAGGGGAGCAAACUCCUCUCUCCCAUCCCAAACCUUCCUGAUUUUUGCAAACCAGGGAAUUCAAGCUGGGUAUUCCCUGUGCUGCCCAAGCUGCAGAUGAAGAAUCCCUCCCUUUUCUCCCCUUGCAGCUGCCCAGGCUUAGCAGGACCAGCCUGGAUUUUUUUAAUGCUCCCAUUUCUCCUGUCCCCGCCUCUUUUUUAACAGAAUAACCAACUUUUCAGCCUGUUUCCAUAUCUGAGCUUGUCAUUUUGCUCCUGGCUCUUCCUGCAGGAUCCCUCUUCCCUGAUGGGAAUGCUCUGGGCUGUGCUUAAGAGAAAAGCAUUAAAAUAUUUGCUGUAUUAUUCCCACCCCUGCUCGGCUGUGCUUGCCCCGUGCAGGGCAGCACAACUUGGCCAUGCUCAGGUUUAGUGGCCACAACUCGGGUUUUGUGGCCCUUCCCGGCUCACCUGAGCCCCCCUGGCUGCUUUGUCCCCUUGCAGGUGCAUUUCUCCACACAAAAUUCCCGUUCUCAUCGUGCCACCUCUUCUCCCAGCUUGGGAGAAGCUUAAACUCGAGUUUUAAAUCGAGUUUAAAGCCCUUCCUCCGCUGUGAACCAGUUUAACCAGUACGAUCCGUGCUCCCCUCCUCCUCCCCGGCUCCUCUUGGGUGCAAACACCACCAGAUGGAGCCUUUUGGCCACGAUGGCUACGAGCCACCGCUGCUUAUUUCCCUUUUUUUCAGCCCCUUGACUGACAAAUCAUCGUCGGUUCUCUGCUUGGGUUGUGUCCAGCAGGACUUGGAAAAAAAAAAAAAAAAUAAAAAUCAGUGCACCAGCUUUAAUUCACUACUUCAGACCCACUCCUGGAACUUCAGCAGAUCAGGGAGAGCUUUUGCUGCUCAUUUAUUCUCAUUUCCCAGCUAAAGCUUCCCCUUGCAGCUGUGAGGCCAUAAAGGAUAUUUUUCAGAUUUAUGGGGAAGGAUUGAGGUCCAGGACAGAGGGGAGAACUCUUCAAUAGGUGCUGUACAAAGGAAAAAUUCCAUUUUUAUGCAUUUUUCUCAGGGGAUUUGCAGAGGGAGGAGCCUCUCAGGAUGUCAGUGCCUCUCCUCCCUCUGCUUUCAGCUCUCCCAACUUUUCUGGGUGGAAAAAAGCUUGAACUGGGGCUGUGCCCCAGCCCUGUGUGGCCACAGCCCCGCUGCCCCUGCCAGCCCAAAGCAGGGAAGGCAAAAAGGGGCCUGGGGGGAUUUCCUGGUGCUCCAGGAGGGGAAUGCAGGGACAGAGACAGAGGAUUCCUGGGCUGGCAGGAGGAAUUCACCCAGGAGGGAUUUUCCAGGAGAAUUCAUCCAGGAGGAUUCAUCCAGGAGGAUUCAUCCAGGAGGAAUCCAUCCCAGAGGUCAGGGUGGUGCAUGGAAAAGGGGUGAGAGCCCAAAGGAGUCUUAUUUCCUCCUCUUGAGUCUGUUUUUUUCUCCUCCUGAGCCUCUUUUUACACCUUUUGAGCCUCUUUUUAACUCGGAUUGAGCCGAUUUUGAGGGCGGUUUUUGAUCCCACCCUCUCCCUCCUGGGUGGAGGAGUCUGUCCCAGCUCCCUGAGGGUCAGAGGCACCUCUCCAGCCCUUCCCCAUGCCCUGAGCCACUCCUGGCCACCCCUGGCCAGCCCAGGUGGCCCAGGGCUCUGUGUGAAGCUCCGUACCUGACCCAGGCUGGCACUGUCACCUCUGCUCCUUCCCUGCCCUGACCCCGGUGUCCCCUCCCCAGCCCUGCUGUCCCCCAGGGCAGUGAGGGACACUUUGUGGUGGCUCUGGAAGGGUGGGACAAGGACACCAACCUCGUUUUUUCCAACCUUGAAGAGGGGAAAUGCACAGGUUGUCCCUGGGAGAGGGGGGAGGAGGGACCUGCGGGUCACCUUUGCACUGUGUGGGACACGCCGGGGUGGCUUUGACCUGCAAAGAACAAACAGAAAAAAACCCAAAAAACCAAAAAAAAAAACCCAUUUCUUUUUACAAAUAAUCUGUUUUUAAAUGAUGUAAUAUAUAAAAAUAUCUAUCUAUGUCAGAAUAAAAAUGGUACAC